AUGACCCGCGACGCGCACCAGUGGGAGCAGUGGUGUGCCAAGGCAGGGCCCAGACUCAACAUUUCCGCCUGCGAGGUGAUGCAGCACACGCUCGCUGCGGUGGCCUACUGCCACUCAAAAGGUGGGCCUCCGCCUGGGCACGAGUGGCCGCAGCUGACCUCAAGCUGUCUUAGUCCCAUGGCAACGAAGAGCACGAGCCACGAGUCUUUCACCACCUGGCCGCUGUGGCCAGUAGCAAGGCCAGCGAUGCCCAGUGCGGGCGGCGCUGCACAGGCCACGAACAGCGGCUUCCUCGGCUUGUUUGGCAUCUCGCGCGAGUCCUGCGCUUUCGGAGACCCGCCGGAUGUGGACCUGGUCAUCCUUUGCCACGAGGCGCGCGGCCUGGAUAUGAGCCCGGGUGAGCAGGUCUUCGUGUCCCUGCGCGACCAGAAGCGCUCGGAUCCUGAGAAGCUCACGGCCCCGGGCACGGCCUGGCAGUUGAGGUCGGCCAGGGCGGACUCCGUGCUGCAGAUCCGGGCGUGGGCCGCGCCGGACGAGGAGGCGGCGCGCACGGACGCCGCCCGGCGCCGACUGCUGGGGGAGCUGAGGCUACCGCUUAGCGCCCUCCGGGCCCUGAGUUUGAGCAUGCUGUACCAGACCUGGCUGACGCUGGACACGCCUGGCCUGGAGGGGGCCGAGCUCGGCCCGCAUGAGCUGGAGCUGAAGAUGGACGAAGGGUCCCGCCAGCUCUACCAGCCCAAACUCUGCCUCUCCCUCUGUCAACUUGAGAGCGCCAGUGGCCUCGGGAAGCUGGCCUUGGGGCCCGAUGCGCCGGAGGACGUCCGCACGGCGCAGUGGAGCGCUGUGCUGAGAUCGCAGAUGCAGCACCUGACGAUGAGCUCUGUCAUGCACAGACAGAGUCUCAAGGCAGGGCGUCCCCUGCGCGCGCCCCUGACCUCCGAAUCCAACCACCAACUGACUGUCACCACUGCCAGCAAGGUGCGCCUUUGUGACAAAGGAGGCCUGGCCUCCGAUUUCCGGAGAUUACGACUGCUCCAGAGCCCCGUCGUCUGCGCCGAGCGGCUGGUUUGGGCUAGGCGCGGGCGCUUCGUGCCCCCCGAUCUGCUGACGCGCGAGGGCGUCACGCCGAGCUACAUCACCAAGGAGGUGCUCUUGGGCGUGACCAUCGGUUUCGCGCAGGUCCCGGAGUCCGUGGCCUUUGCCUUCCUAGCCCACGUCCGCCCCCAUGUGGCGCUCCAUGCGGCUUGGAUCAUGGGACUCUUUUGCAGCCUUCUUGGGGGCAGACCUGGGAUGAUCAACGGCGCCACUGGCGCCUUUGCGGCUAUCAUCGCGACCUUCCUCCCUGCGCCGAAUGUGCCAGGAGGCAAUGGCGCGCACGUCGAGCUUCUUUUCCCUUCCGUCAUGCUCGCAGGGCUCUUCAUGCUGGUGGCCAGCGCCUCGAACCUCUCUCGGUUCAUCCUCCUCCUGCCCACACCCGUCAUGGUUGGGUUUUGCAAUGGGCUCGCCAUCGUCAUCGGCAUGGCCCAGCUUCAUCCCUUCCACGAUGAGUCGUCGCUGAGUGGCUGGAAGGAAGGCUAUGAGCUGCUCUGGAUGCUCGUCAUCACUGCCACCUCCAUGGCCACCAUGGAGUUCCUGCCCAAGGUGCCGCUACAGCUGUUCAAGGUCAUCCCCUCGUCUCUCAUGGCGAUCCUUGUCGCCAUCCUCAUCGAGUUUGCCAUCGUGCGCCCAUGCGGCUGGAGGACCGACACCAUCGGCGACGUGAGCGAGUUUACCUCCGAGACGGCCUUCCCCAUCCCCUUCUUCGUGCAGCACCCCUCCACAGGUUACAACCUGCACGGCAUCAUUGACUCCUGGUCCUCCAUCCAGAGCAUCCUGGUCCAAGGCAUCUUGCUGUGCGUGGUGGGCUCCAUCGAGUCUCUGAUGACGUCCGAGGUGGUCGAGUCAUUCACCAAGACCCCCAGCGAGGGGGACCGCACCCUCUUCGCCAUGGGCCUGGGAAACAUGGUCUCGGGCUUCCUGGGCGGCAUGGGUGGCAACGCCAUGACCCUUGGCUUGGGCACUAGGCGCUAG